GGCUGCGGUAGGAGGCAACCAUGUGGUUCCAGCUCAAUUUUUUUUCCCUCUCUCUUUCUCCACUCCUUUUUCUUUCCAAACAGGGAAAAGUGUUCCACGAAGCGGUAGCGGCUUUUCGCUGCGCCUUUCCCUCCCUGACCCUGGUCUGGCUCCCGUCCGGGCGCGAGCCGGUGGGGCGAGCUUUGGAAGCCCCGGUGCGCCCGGGAGCGCAGGGCCGCCUCCCGCGCCCGCACAUGGCCGCAGCCACCCCGCGCGCACCCCGAGGCGCCGCGCCCAGCUCGCCGCAGGUCCAUCGGCUGCUCCCCGCCGCCCCGCAGCCAGGCAGCGGCUGAGCGGGGAAGUGCCCGCGUCCGGAGAUCGGGAUGUGCCCCCUCCUUCUCAUCUUGCUAGUUUCCUACGACACUGGAACCUUGGGGACUCACACUGAGAUCAAGAGAGUGGCAGAAGAAAGGGUCACUUUGCCCUGUCACCAUCAACUGGGGCUUCCAGAAAAAGACACCCUGGAUAUUGAAUGGCUGCUGACUGAUAAUGACGGGAACCAGAAAGUGGUAAUCACUUACUCCAGCCGUCACGUCUACAAUAACCUGACCGAGGAACAGAAGGGCCGAGUGGCCUUUGCUUCCAAUUUCCUGGCAGGAGAUGCCUCCCUGCAGAUUGAGCCUCUGAAGCCCAGUGAUGAGGGUCGGUACACCUGCAAGGUGAAGAAUUCGGGGCGCUAUGUGUGGAGCCACGUCAUCUUAAAAGUCUUAGUGAGACCAUCCAAGCCCAAGUGUGAGCUGGAAGGAGAGUUGACAGAAGGAAGUGACCUGACUUUGCAGUGUGAGUCAUCCUCUGGCACAAAGCCCAUUGUGUAUUACUGGCAGCGAGUCCGGGAGAAAGAGGGAGAGGAUGAGCAUCUGCCUCCCAAAUCUAGGAUUGACUACAAUAACCCUGGACGGGUUCUGCUGCAGAAUCUCACCAUGUCCUCCUCUGGACUGUACCAGUGCACUGCAGGCAAUGAGGCCGGGAAGGAAAGCUGCGUGGUUCGAGUCACUGUACAGUAUGUACAAAGCAUCGGCAUGGUUGCAGGAGCUGUGACGGGCAUAGUGGCUGGAGCUCUGCUGAUUUUCCUCCUGGUAUGGCUACUAAUCCAAAGGAAAGACAAAGAGAGAUACGAGGAAGAAGAGAGACCUAAUGAAAUUCGGGAGGAUGCGGAAGCCCCCAAAGCCCGCCUGGUGAAACCCAGCUCCUCGUCUUCGGGCUCCCGCAGCUCGCGCUCCGGUUCCUCCUCCACGCGCUCCACGGAGAACAGCGCCUCCCGCAGCCAGCGGACGCUGUCCACCGAAGCUGCAGCCCAGCCAGGACCCGCCGCCCCGGGCCACAGCCUCGCGGGGCCGGAGGCCAGAGCUGCCGAGCCAAAGAAAGUCCACCACGCCGCCCUGACCAAAGCAGAGCCCACGCCCAGCACCAUCCCCAGCCAGAGCAGAGCCUUCCAAACGGUGUGAACCGGAGUGGCCUCGACUCCCACGCUUUCACGGGACUCUUCUAGUCAUGGGAGCUCAGUGACCAGCCACACCCCCCCCUCAAACCAGACGAAAGGUUAUUUAAAUAGCAGCGAGCAUUGCAAGGAACCUCUUCAGAAGAGCACUUUCCUUAUCUGACCCCAAACAAGCAAAAGGAUGUCAGCUGAUCAUCUACAAAAAGGCCUCUUCUUGCACCGUUAGUCCAGAGUAGAGGAAAACAGGGUCCAAAUCUAUUUGUUGACCAGGACCUGUGGUGAAAAAGCUGGGGAAAGGUGAGAUGUUCACAUCUAAAACUUCUCGCCUGGCAUGUUUGGUAUCAAUGCUUUGAUUCACCAGUCAAGGAGAAAUUGGAUCUUGUUUGUAAAUGUUCUGUGCAUUUCUGCAAACCUGUUGGAUUAUUGUGAUUAUUGACAUAAUUGAGCAGCAUCCACAGCCUCUAUUACACCUCCUGCACCAUGUACUGCGCGAACCACUUCUAAGAAACUCCAAAAAAAGGAAAUGUGUUUUCUAUUCUGAAACGUGUCU